UCCUCAGAAACUAUACCACCUUGCCUUGUUUUACCAGAAUGCAUCUCACUACUGAUGAGGAAAUAGAGCUGGGACUCAAGGAGCAGGGGACAGUCAAUCCUGCAUUUGGGGACAAAGAAAGUGAUGAACAGCCACAACUGACAGUUGACAUUGGGGAACCACAUACAGAUGCCCAGGAAGAGACUGUGAACAAAGGCGUAGAUCUGGUUUAUUCCCUAAAUGACAGGCCGCCAUGGUAUCUCUGCAUUCUGCUCGGCUUCCAGCAUUACAUCCUCGCAUUUGGUGGCAUCAUCGCAGUCCCGCUGAUCCUGGCCGAGCCCCUCUGCAUAAAGGACAACAACAUCGCCAAAAGCCAGCUCAUAUCCACAAUAUUCUUUGUGUCGGGAUUAUGUACGCUGCUGCAGACAGCUGUCGGUGUCAGGUUACCAAUCCUCCAGGGUGGGACCUUCAGUUUCAUCACUCCAACCCUGGCCAUUCUCGCUCUGCCCAAGUGGCAGUGUCCAGACCCAAAAGCAUCUGUGAUGCUGUCUGUGCAUUUGCACAAUGUCACCAGUCCACUGCAAAGUGAGAAUUCUGAUGAGGUCUGGAUGUCACGAAUGCGUGAGAUCCAGGGAGCCAUCCUUGUGUCGUCUCUGCUCCAGAUUGUCCUGGGCUUUUCUGGGCUGGUGGGCCUCGUGCUGAAAUACAUCGGCCCGCUGGCUAUCGCUCCUACCAUCAACCUCAUCGGCCUGUCAUUGUUCAGUGAAGCUGGCAAGAAGUGUGGAGCUCACUGGGGAAUAGCUGCUCUCACGGUCUGUCUGAUCCUCCUGUUCUCUCAGUAUCUCAGCAAAGUUGAUGUUCCAAUGAUUGCUUACAAAGAUAAGAAGUGGAAGGUUUUCAACUAUCCGCUCUUCAAACUCUUCUCUGCUUUGUUCGGGAUGUGUGGUGCCUGGCUGGUCUGCUUCUUACUGACCAUCUUUGACGUCCUUCCUUCAAAAUCUGAUGAGUAUGGCUUCUCAGCCAGAACUGACAUCAGUCUAGAUGCUGUGACAAACUCCCCUUGGUUCCAUGUGCCUUACCCAGGUCAAUGGGGUAUGCCCACAGUGAGUGUGUCGUCAGUGUUGGGUAUGAUGGCAGGUGUCUUGGCAUCUACCAUGGAAUCAAUUGGUGACUACUACGCUUGUGCUCGCUUGUCUGGCGCCCCUCCUCCACCGACUCAUGCCAUAAACCGAGGUAUUGCAGUGGAGGGCAUCGGCUGCAUCCUGGCUGCGCUGUGGGGAACUGGAAAUGGCACCACCUCCUACAGUCAGAACAUUGCUGCACUUGGCAUUACCAAGGUUGGGAGCAGACUGGUCCUCCAGACGGCCGGCAUUCUGAUGAUCGUCUUGGGGAUCUUUGGGAAAUUUGGAGCAGUUUUUAUCACCAUACCAGACCCUGUGAUUGGAGGCAUGUUCCUCGUUAUGUUUGGAAUGAUCGCAGCGGUGGGGAUAUCCAACCUCCAGUAUGUGGACCUUAACUCAUCCCGUAACCUCCUCAUCCUCGGCUUCUCUACCUUCAGCGGUCUUGUUUUACCUACCUGGUUUCACUCCAAUCCCGGCGUCAUUGACACAGGGAUAAAAGAGCUAGACCAAGUGAUUGUAGUGCUUUUCACCACACACAUGUUCAUCGGAGGAUUCUUUGGGUUUAUCCUGGACAACACCAUUCCAGGCACUGACCAAGAGCGAGGCAUCAAGAGCUGGCAAGACAAGGUGCGAGGGGACAGCAAAAACAUGUGUGACCAGUCAUGCUAUGAUAUCCCUUUCUGCAACAGUGUUUUGAAGCGGUUUAGAUGUUUCCAGUACGUGCCCUUCCUCCCAUCUUACAAGACCAACCAACAGGGGACAUCCAAGUAAUGCACAGAUGCUGAGGCUAACCUUAAAUAGGUAAACAGUAUUUGGUGAGCAUUGAAAAAAAGACAGUAAAAGAAGGAAAGAGCAUAAAAAGUUAGCUUAUUUUGUCACUAAAACAAUGUUAGCACAAAAGUGGACAGAACAUUAUGUUGUUUAAUUGCUUUUACAUUAUUUUUGUUGAUAGAAAACAUUACUGUGAGGUGAUAGUGUUAACCACUGAGCCAAUGAGAUGUCAUUCUGCUCCAGUUUCCUCCCACAGUCCAAAAACAUGCAUGUUUGUUGAUUGGAUAAAACAAAAUCUAAACAGUAAAACUGGUAUAACUGGUUGUUGUUUGCCUUUAAUGGGUAUACAUACCACUUGUAUGUUGCCUAGGGUCAACCAGCUAUGAAUUUAAGCUUCCAGCGUGGCUCUGACGGAAUUAAAAACAUAAAUAUAUAUUAUGUAUAAUAAUUAAAUAUAAAUAUAUAUAAAUAUAAUAAUUCACAGUGAAUGAGAUUCUGUUAAAUAUAAAAUCUAAAACUCAUAUCAUCUUUAGUACUUUAAGUUAAAAUAACUCUGCCCUCGUAUACAUUAAAUAAAAAUGUUUUAUUGAAUUUAUAACAAAGUUGUAAAAAACUGCUGUGUAUCCUUACAGUUACAGUUCAACAAAAUAAAACCUAAUUUCUUAGUUAAAACAUUUGUAGUCUGAACAAGCAAAGAGCAGCAUGAUACACUUCGGAAGAAUCAUCAUUCCUCAUGAAGAGCUUUCAAAGACAUUAAUUACACACUCCUUUAAUUUGUGAAAGAAAGAUUUUGAACAUGAAACAUUUAGUCAAUUUAGAAAAACAUAUCUUUGGUGUGCAAAGCACUUUCUGCAUGCAACAAAUCUUUGCACUACCCAUUUCAACAUACCACUCAUCUUUCUUUGGACAACAGCCAAGUAACUUUCUUAUAAAAAUAAAAUGAUUUAUGCUCAAUAAACGGAUGCACGUUCUCCAACAUUUCCUACCCCAGCUUUAAUGUGUCAUGACGCUGCUCUUAAGCCACUGGUCAGAUGUUACAAAUGUGUUGUAACCCAUACUUUACUACCUCAUCAAGAAAAAUUACUUACAGAAACAGAUAAUUAAUGUAAUGCUUAUUCAUUAAAAAACAUUAUGUGAUGUCUUUAAAAGAGCUGUUACAGUUUAUUAAUGUUAUGAAGGUUACAGUUUAAUACAUUUCAGUCGGUGUUUUGUCACUGUA